CUCCAAAGGUGGCGGGAAAAAAGGGCGACCAGAAGCAAUGGAGUCUCCAGCUUUGGAGGCUGUGGUGGCCGAGCUGAAGGUCUUCGGCCUGGACGUCGCCGAAGGGGAAGAUGAAGGCGCUCUGGCCGGGAAGUUGGAGGAACUUUGCUUGCUGCACCGGAUGCAAGAAACCGAAUUGGCAGACGAGUUGGUUGCUUUUAUUGCCACAAAGGGAAUUCUUCACCUUACAGUUAAUGUCCUGCUCGACUUCCAGUAUAACGUGCUUAAUAAGCGAGUUGCAAAACCUCCGGUGAAGAAAGAGACCUGUCCUUCUGGCGCCAAAGAGAUCAACACCUUUCCUGGGCCUCCUGACCUCGAUGAAGAAGAUGAGGACCUCUUGGAUGCCUACACAUCCCCAUCAAAAACGUCUCAGAAGCGUGAGAUCACGACGCCGGAGAACCCGCGCUCUAAGCGGACCCUUUCUGGCCGUAGCCCACGCUUGGCGUUUUCCCCCAAUAGCUUCUCCCCCAGUGCUACUCCGUCUCAGAAAUACGCAUCUCGGAGCCAACGUGGCGAAGUGGCCACCUCUUUUGGCUCCGUUUUGGGCACUUCCUGGACUGGAAACGGAGGCCUGAAGACUUCUCUGAAGCUGUUCAGUUCUGCAAAGGAUUCCCUUAGCAAACCCUACAAAUACAUGUUCCAGGACCUACUGGAAAACCGAGAAGUACUCUCAUAUAAAAUUGAAGAAUUAGGCGAAGCACUAAAGGAGCAUUACAACAUUGAAGAAUUUUCCUCUCUGAGCAUCCCUGUGCAGGAUCUAGUGACGGUUCUGGGCCAGAUUGGCUGUGAUGCCAAUGGCAAACUCAACGCCAAAUCCAUCGUCCUGGAAGGCGACCAGGAACACUCCUCGGGCGGUCUCAUUCCGGUGGACGUCUCAGAGCUUCCAGAGUAUUCCCUUUUCCCUGGACAGGUUGUUGUUAUGGAAGGCAUCAACAGUACCGGGAAGCAGUUUUUUGCAUCCAAACUAUAUGAGGGAGUGCCACUUCCGUUUCAUAAACCUACAGAUUUGAUUGAAGACCCAGAGCCCCAGAUGGUCCUGGUUGCCUGUGGCCCGUACACCACUUCGGACAGCGUCACAUACGACCCUUUGCUGGACCUGAUUAACGUCAUUAAUAAAGACAAGCCAGACGUUUGCAUCCUGCUUGGACCCUUCCUUGAUGCGAAGCACAAACAAGUGGAGGACUGCCAGUUCACCAGCUCCUUUGAAGACAUCUUCAAGAUGUGCCUGAAAUCCAUAAUUGAAGAGACAAGGAGUGCUGGAUCGCGCCUGGUCAUCGUCCCUUCUCUGAGAGACGUCCACCAUGUCUAUGUUUAUCCCCAGCCUCCGUUCUCCGGCUUCGAUCUGUCGAAAGAAGACGAGAAGAGGGUGCUCUUUGCCUCGGAUCCUUGCACAUUGGAGAUCAAUGGGGUGGUCUUGGGCCUGACAUCGGUGGACCUGCUUUUCCAUAUGGGCUCUGAAGAAAUUAGCAGUUCUUCCAGCAGGUUGGAUCGCUUCUCUCGCAUCCUCAAGCACAUCUUGACUCAACGGAGUUACUACCCGCUCUACCCUCCUGCCGAAGAGAUGAAUGUGGAUUACGAGAAUUUCUACCCGUACGCCUCUUUGCCCGUCACGCCCGACGUCCUGAUCACUCCGUCGGAUUUGAAGUUUUUCAUUAAGGACAUCCUCCGGUGCGUCUGCAUAAAUCCCGGCCGCCUAACGAAAGGCCAUGUGGGAGGCACUUACGGGCGUUUGUAUCUCCAACGAAAGGUCUCCGAGGAAGGGUCCCAAAGCCCCUGCGUCUCUGCUCAAGUGGUCAAGAUCUAACUGCAUUUAUGAUCCCUAUCAACAAACCGGUUGGAGCUGUUUUGGUCUCCCAUCAGGAUCAGGCCUUUUCUAUGGCCACAUAAAGUACUACCUUGCCUUGCA